ACAAUCUAUUUUUUUAUAAGUUCCUCUGACAAUAGAUAAGAAAUCGUAGAAUUCUUUUUAUAUUACAAUGCAAAUCAUGGGAUAUUAUUUUAAUAGUUUGUGACUUAUAGUGUCGAGCAACAAUUUUUAUUAUAUUACAUUAUAUAUUAAAAAAUAAGAAAUGUAUUGAUAAAUAUGUCUGAAUCCAAAGAGAGAGAUAAUUUAGAUACUACGGAAAAACAUGAUAGCACUGAUACUGAAUGUACAACAAAGGAUCAACAUAUAAAAAAAUUCACAGAUAAAAGGAUACCAUGUAUCAUUGUACUUGGAAUGGCUGGUUCUGGCAAAACAACAUUUGUGCAAAGGCUAGUGUCUAAAUUGUACAAUGAGACGAAACCAUAUGUCAUUAAUUUAGAUCCUGCUUGUAAAGAAGUUCCAUAUCCUGCUAACAUAGAUAUAAGAGACACUGUAAAUUAUAAAGAAGUGAUGAAACAAUACAAUCUCGGACCAAAUGGUGCCAUAGUCACAACAUUAAAUCUUUUUUCCACAAAGUUUGAUCAAGUAAUAGAUCUUAUUGAAAAAGCCAGUGAAGAUCACAGUUGUACAAUUUUGGACACACCAGGGCAAAUUGAAGUCUUUACAUGGUCAGCCAGUGGCACAAUUAUAUCAGAAGGAUUAGCUUCCCAAUUUCCAACUGUUAUUGUAUAUGUAGUGGAUAGUGUGAGAAGUGUUAAUCCAGUCACAUUUAUGUCCAACAUGCUGUAUGCUUGCUCUAUACUUUACAAAACCAAAUUGCCAUUUAUUGUAGUUAUGAACAAGAUUGAUAUUGUUGAUCAUCAUUAUGCACUUGAUUGGAUACAAGAUUUUGAGGCCUUUCAGGAAGCACUCGAUAUGGAACACUCUUAUGUCAGCAACUUAACACGGAGUAUGUCACUCACACUUGACGAGUUUUAUCAAACUUUGCAAUGCUGUGGUGUUUCUUCGGUAACAGGUGCUGGAUUUAAUGAUUUUCUUAAGUUGGUUAAUGAUGCUGUGGAGAAAUAUGAAAGUGAUUACAGAAAAGAUUUUGAAAAAAUAAAGAAGAUGAAGGAAGCUCAACGAAACAAUGAAAAAGAUGAACAAUUAGAGGCCGCUAGUAAAAGUGGAAUAGGUGAAGCUGUACCUUUCGUAGCGACGGUCAACAGUGGUCGCGAAAUCUCAGAACUCUAUCUGAAACAUCCAGGUAAUGAAUCAAGCGAAGACGAGGAUGGAACGGAGGACAUACACGCACGACAAGAAGAGGAUGAAACAAAAGAAGAAGAAUCCUUUGUAGAUUAUAUCAGUAGACGCAAUAUGGAACAGAGUAAACGAGAAAAAAAACAAUGUGAACCUAGUACAAGUAAAAAUUAAUGGCUUUGGUUACAAUCUUUUCUGUUACAAAUUAAUAAACUUAAGAAAUAA